AUGUCGCUAAACAUUUUGGAAUUUCCGGGUGAGGACGUUCUCCCAAUUGGCUACGACAUAACAAUCAUUUGCACCAGUAACUCUUCAAAGGAGGGAAGUCUUCAGGCUGCUCAACCUUAUACGAUCCAAUACUAUUACAACGAGAACUACGAUGACUAUAUAAAGGAUUGCGAUGGCAGCGGAGAAUCACUGGUAUGUAAGCUUUUCAUUCAAAAUGCCAGGAAGAGCGAUUCCGGUAAAUAUGAAUGCGUGUCAGAGAAUAGCAUGAGAUGCACAAAGGAUAAACUCACAUUGAAAUUUAAAGACCCAUUACCACCACUUUUCAAUGUCGAUCUUCCAAGUCAGAGAUACUUUUCCGCGGGAAGUAAAGCGAACCUAAGUUGUCAUGCGUCAGGAAUCCCCCGCCCAGUCAUCACCUGGUUUAAGGAUGGUCAUCGCAUGCCAAGCUUUUCUGUGAAGCAAGUUAGAGGUCACUCCAUACUAGCUUUAGACUCCGUUCGCCUGAACGACCAAGGCAAGUACUGGUGCGAGGCUAACAGCACCGAAGGCUGGAACAGAUCAUCUAGUGUGAGUUUAACAGGGGAAAGGAGGAAGAAACGAAGAAUCGUCAUGCUCUUGGUCAUGGCUUUAUAUGUAAUCGUCGUUGAUGCACAAAUUGACUGUGUCCAUGUUGAAUCUCUACAUGAAUAUCCUCGAGCUCCUUCCAUGUCGCUAAACAUUUUGGAAUUUCCGGGUGAGGACGUCCUUCCAAUUGGCUACGACAUAACAAUCAUUUGCACCAGUAACUCUUCAAAGGAGGGAAGUCAUCAGGCUGCUCAACCUUAUUCGAUCCAAUACUAUUACAACGAGAACUACGAUGACUAUAUAAAGGAUUGCGAUGGCAGCGGAGAAUCACUGGUAUGCAAGCUUUUCAUUCAAAAUGCCAGUAAGAGCGAUUCGGGUAAAUAUGAAUGCGUGUCAGAGAAUAGCAUGAGAUGCACGAAGGAUAAACUCACAUUGAAAUUUAAAGACCCAUUACCACCAUAUUUCAAUGUCGAUCUUCCAAGUCAGAGAAACUUUUCCGCGGGAAGUACAGCGAAUCUGAGCUGUCACGCGUCAGGUAUCCCCCGCCCAGUCAUCACGUGGUUCAAGGAUGGUCAUCGCGAGCCAAGCUUUUCUGUGAAGGAAUUUAAAGGUCACUCCAUACUAGCUUUUGACUCUAUUCGCCUGAACGACCAAGGGAAGUACUGGUGCGAGGCAAACAGCACUGAAGGCUGGAACAGAUCNGGAUGGUCAUCGCGUGCCAAGCUUUUCUUACUGUGGAAACCAGUUUUUAGAAACCACCCCCAAUCAAAGUAUGUUUACCUUGAUGACAGCGUUGUCACAGUAACCUUAUCCUGUGAAGCACAUGGCUUCCCACGUCCUGCCAUUGGUUGGUUAAAUAACAGCUCGUCAGUUAUCAAUGGCACCGUGGUUCAAAAUGGAAGUGUUUGGACGCUGGUGCUUGUCUUUACUAAAACAACAGAACAGUUGCAGAAGUACCAAUGUGUUGCCAGCAAUUCAAUUGGAAGCACACUCUCAAAGGAAGCGACGGUGACGAUCUCAAAAAGAACUCCAACAAUUCAAGAUAUGAUGGAGCCCUCUUUUUACCUCCAUCCUAAGAGUAUUUUGGCAUCACGUGAUGACACCGUGCAGCUCACGUGCGGGGCCCGGGGCUUGCCACGUCCAAACAUCACGUGGCGUAAAGAUGGGAUUGCAUUUACUGACGCUAGCGCUACAGUAAUUCAAAGCAAUCUAAACGAAAGUUCGGAGCUAAUUAUGAAGAUUAUUUCUGUAAGUGACAGUCACGUUGGAUAUUACUCUUGUCUGGCAACAGCUUUGAAAGCCCAGACUUCAUCGAGAGAUGCAAUGCUUUCAUUGAAAGGCAAGUAA